CCUCCCCGCGGCGGGGCGGGCCCGGGAGGGGAUGAAUGAAGCUGGAGUGGGCGCAGAGCAGCAGCCAGAGCUUGGUUCGCAGCGCGGCGGCUGGGCCCUCUGGACGCUCGGACCGCCGCUGGAAUUCCGCAUCCACCCCCGCUGCCGACGCCCUCGCGCCCUUGGCGAUGCCGCAGCACUCGAUGGCGGACAAGCGCUUCGUCUCGAUGCCACAGCUGGUCUUCCCGAGCCCCCCGCUGGCCGCCAACAGCGAGUGUGGCUGCACGCCCCCCAGCAGGCGGGCGUCCCUUGGCUCGCCCCUGAGCCAGCCGCUGUGCCAGCCGCGGCCUGAGAAGCGCGGGCCCCGGGCGGCCCGGGAGGCGCGCUACGUGGCGACGGGCCGGCCGGACGAGGCCUGCGGCUGGCGGGCCUUCGCGCCCACGUGCCUGCAGGCCUUCAACACCCCCCGGGGCUUCCUGCUGUUCCUGUGCGCGGCCUCCUUCCUGCAGGGCAUGACGGUGAACGGCUUCAUCAACACCGUCAUCACGUCCAUCGAGCGGCGCUACGACCUGCACAGCUACCACAGUGGCCUCAUCGCCAGCUCCUACGACGUGGCCGCCUGCCUCUGCCUCACCUUCGUUGGCUACUUCGGGGGCCACGGCCACAAGCCCCGCUGGCUGGGCUGGGGCGUGCUGGUCAUGGGCGCCGGCUCGCUGGUCUUCUCACUGCCCCACUUCACCGCCGGCCCCUACGAGGUGCGGGUGGACGAGGCCGUCGGAACGUGCCGGGCCAACCGCAGCGCGACCUGCGGGGGCCGCGCCUCCAGCCUGUCCAGCUACCAGCUGGUCUUCAUGCUGGGCCAGUUCCUGCACGGCGUGGGCGCCACCCCGCUCUACACGCUGGGCGUCACCUACCUGGACGAGAACGUCAAGUCCAGCUACUCGCCUGUCUACAUCGCCAUCUUCUACACCGCGGCCAUCCUCGGCCCCGCAGCCGGCUACCUGGUCGGAGGUGCCCUGCUGAAUAUUUACACCGAAAUAGGCCACCGGACGGAGCUGACCGCCGAGAGCCCGCUGUGGGUCGGCGCCUGGUGGGUGGGCUUCCUGGGCGCUGGAGCGGCCGCCUUCCUCAUCGCCGUGCCCAUCCUCGGCUACCCGCGGCAGCUGCCAGGCUCCCGGCGCUACGUGGUCAUGAGAGCGUCUGAAACGCACCAGUUAAAGGACAGCGGCCACAGGGUGACCAGCGAUCCUGACUUCGGGAAAACCAUCAGAGACCUGCCUCUCUCCAUCUGGCUCCUCCUGAAGAACCGUACGUUCAUCCUGCUCUGCCUGGCCGGGGCCACAGAGGCCACGCUCAUCGCUGGCAUGUCCACGUUUGGCCCCAAGUUCCUGGAGUCCCAGUUCAGCCUCAGUGCCUCGGAAGCUGCCACCUUGUUUGGGUACCUGGUGGUGCCGGCGGGCGGCGGAGGCACGUUCCUGGGCGGCUUCUUUGUGAACAAGUGCAAGCUCCGCGGUUCCGGCAUCAUCAAGUUCUGCCUGCUCUGCACCCUCAUCAGCACGCUGGCCUUCGUCGUCUUCUUCAUGCACUGCCCCAACGUGCCCAUGGCGGGCGUGACCGCCAGCUACAACGGGAGCCUCCUGCCCCGAGGGCCCCUGGGGCUGACAGCCGCCUGCAACGCCGCCUGCGGCUGCCAGCCGGAACACUACAGCCCCGUGUGUGGCCCCGACGGCCUCAUGUACUACUCUCCCUGCCACGCGGGGUGCCCGGGGGCGGCCUCGCCCGGCCCCGGUGGCCAGAAGCAGCAUUCCUGCGCUCACGGCGACAUUACGGUAAGCCCGGGCCUGGCUUCGCUCUGGCCCAGAACCUUCCCUCUGCAGCUAAGGCAGAGCUCUGCAGACCCCUGCGGGGUGCGUGCCGGGCCCCCGGAGAGCUGCGGCAGGAGAGAGCUAACGGCCUCUGUGAGGUGCUUGCCACCCGGGGAUGCGGCCCGGGGCUCGGCCAGGACCCGGCCGCUGGCGUGGGGCGCGACUUGGCCGCGCUUCCCGGGCGUUGAUGCGCCGCUUUUCCAUUGCAGGUGUGUCUGUGAGCGGCAGCGGUCCUUCGCACUGGGAAUCCAGUGGAUCACGGUUAGAACUCUAGGGGGCAUCCCGGGCCCCAUCGCCUUCGGCUGGGUGAUCGACAAGGCAUGCCUGCUCUGGCAGAACCAGUGCGGCCAGCAGGGCUCCUGCUUCGUGUACCAGAACUCGGCCAUGAGCCAGUACCUGCUUAUCGCAGGGCUGGCGUACAAGGUCCUGGGCUUCGUCUUCUUCACCGCCGCCUGCUUCCUGUACGAGCCCCUGUCGGGGUCUUCGGACGGCCUGGAGGCUUCUCUGCCCAGCCAGUCCUCAGCCUCCGACAACGCCACGGACCUUCAGGAAGCCCCCUCAGCCCUCCACAUCCAGAGCGACAUCUGACAGCCCACCCGCCAGCCCAGGGGCACGGGCCUGCUACGGUACUUCCCAGGAACACUAUCUAAUUUCUCCCCGGACGGGGUGACCCCACCCCGACUGAUCCCCGGCGCUGAGGACCCUGCAAAAAUCUGCCACUGGGUCUGGGGGGACUGAGCCUCAAAGGCACCGAGGAGAAAGAAUGCAAGACGUCCGAACGGACGCCCCUGCCCCAGCCCCCCAGACCUCGCCAGAGAGAGUGGGGUGACCAGCGCUUGGCUCGGAAGGAGUGGCCCAUUUUCCGGCCGGAUGCAGGGCUGCCUCCCUCUGGUCCGCUCCCACUCUGGCCCUCUCCCACGGACUUAGCCAAAUAGCCUCCCCUGGGGCCCCAGGAUCCCUCGGAAACAUGAACAGCUGUGCUUCUAAAGCAACCUGUGCGAUUCCUACAUAACUCGGUCGGUAGUUACAAAAAGUGCGAAAGCGCCUGUGGACUUCGAGGAGACACUUCUGGCAUCCCUUCCUCUCUCCUUGAACGGCGGAUGUUUGGAGCCGGUGGCUGCCCUGAGGUUUACAAGCUCUCUUGUCUCUGGAGACGUUAAGGCCGGUGAUGCUGGCGCUGUUGGAGCUGCUCCAUGGAAGGGACAGAGCACCCACCCCUGUGGGUGAGCUGGAGCUGGCGGUGCUUCUGCGUGGGUCCACACCGUCCUGCGCACGGCCUGACUUCCUGUGUUGCUCCUGAUGCAGAGGAGGCCGGUGGGCUGCCGUCCCCGGGGCACGUCCACGUGGAUCCCUCUCCCGCGUGUGUUCUACGCCUGCUGUCACCUCCUGUCCUUGGGGCCGCACAGCCCUGCAGCAGGACGGGAGCAAGUUGCAUAAGGAUGUAUUUAUGGACCCAUAUUUUGCAUAAACACUUAUUUAUAGAAUUUUUUUUUUUAACCCCAUGGUGUGCUAAGCACUUGUGAAUUCUACCCGGAGGGGAUCGGGACUCGCGUGGAAUGUUUAUCGUUGGUGUCCUCAGU